AUGGUUAGCAGCUCAUCAUCUACAACAAGUAAGCCGAAUAAGUUAUCAGCAGCAACAGAAGCAACAACAGUGGUGAGCAGAAAUACUACACAGUCACAACCCUUUCGUCGGAUGCUUCAAAAUUUCCUGUUGGUAUGGCUUGAUGCUAAUCGAGAUGAAUCCAAGGACGAUUAUAAAAAAUCAAUACAACGUUUACAAAAUAUUGUAGCAACAGUCACCACAUUUACAGAUGUUGACGAAUGUAUUGAUUUUCUAAGUGAUAUUGAAAAUGAAAAUAUAUUAAUGAUCGUCUCUGGUGCCCUGGGAAAACAUCUAAUACCGGUAAUACAAGAAUGCCCACAAUUAGUCUCAAUUUAUAUUUUCUGUGAUAAUCAAUGGAUUCAUGAACAAUGGGCCAAAACAAUGAAUAAAGUAAAAGGUGUAUAUACGCAAAUUGAACCGAUUUGUGACGCAUUACAAAUCGAUCAAAGAAAGUGUGAUCAAAAUAUGAUCCCAAUUAGUUUUAAUCGUAUUGAUCCGUUAUUUAUGUAUACACAAUUGUUAAAAGAAGCACUUUUAGAUAUAGAAGACGAUGAUGCAAAAUCGAUUAAAGAAUUCGUUGAAUACUGUCGUCUUCAAAGCGAUGCUUCCGAAAAAACACUUGAAAAGAUCGAGCAAGAAUAUCGUAAUCACUCACCCAUUUGGUGGUACACAGGUCCAUAUUUCAUCUACUCAAUGCUCAAUUAUGGUCUUCGACAAAUGGAUGCAACUUCCGAUCAAGAUAAGGCACCAUACAAUCAUCAACUUGGCUGGAUAUAUGAUCGCAUGGGUGAAUAUUCAAAAGCACUUUUAUAUUACGAAGAAUCACUGGAUAUCUACAAGAAAAUUCUCCCUCCAAAUGAUCCUGGUUUAGCUUGGUCCUACACCAACAUCGGUAGUGUGUAUGAUAACAUGGGCGAGUACUCGAAAGCACUUUCAUUGUACGAACGAGCACUUGAAAUCCGAAAAAUUGCUCUCCCUCCGAAUCAUCUCGACUUCGCUGCUUCCUACAACAACAUUGGUUUGGUGUAUUCUCACAUGGGCGAGUACUCGAAAGCACUUUCAUCGUACGAACGAUCACUUGAAAUCCAAAAAAUAGCUCUCCCUCCGAAUCAUCCCGAUUUGGCUGGUUCCUACAACAACAUCGGAGGGGUGUAUAGAAACAUGGGCGAGUACUCGAAAGCACUUUCAUUGUACGAACGAGCACUUGAAAUCUGGAAAAUAGCUCUCCCUCCGAAUCAUCCCGACUUGGCUGGUUCCUACAACAACAUCGGUUCGAUGUAUUAUAGAAUGGGCGAGUACUCGAAAGCACUUUCAUCGCACGAACGAUCACUAGAAAUCAACAAAAUAACUGGUCCUCCGAAUCAUCCCUCCUUGGCUGGUUCCUACAACAACAUCGGAGAGGUGUAUAGAAACAUGGGCGAGUACUCGAAAGCGCUUUCAUCGUACGAAAGAUCACUUGAAAUCCGAAAAAUAGCUCUCCCUCCGAAUCAUCCCGACUUGGCUGCUUCCUACAACAACAUUGGUUUGGUGUAUUCUCACAUGGGCGAGUACUCGAAAGCACUUUCAUCGCACGAACGAUCACUUGAAAUCAACAAAAUAACUCGUCCUCCGAAUCAUCCCUCCUUGGCUGGUUCCUACAACAACAUCGGAGAGGUGUAUAGAAACAUGGGCGAGUACUCGAAAGCACUUUCAUCGUAUGAACGAUCACUUGAAAUCUGGAAAAUAGCUCUCCCUCCCAAUCAUCCCAACUUGGCUACUUCCUACCUCAACAUCGGUAAUGUGUAUUAUAACAUGGGCGAGUACUCGAAAGCACUUUCAUCGUAUGAACGGUCACUUGAAAUAAAAAAAAUAGCUCUCCCUCCGAAUCAUCCCGACUUGGCUAAACCCUACGAAGGUAUCGGUUUGGCGUAUGAUAACAUUGGCGAGUACUCGAAAGCACUUUCAUCGUACGAACGAUCACUUGAAAUCCGAAAAAUUGCUCUGCCUCCGAAUCAUCCCGACUUCGCUGCUUCCUACAACAACAUCGGUAAUGUGUAUUAUAACAUGGGCGAGUACUCGAAAGCACUUUCAUCGUACGAACGAUCACUUGAAAUCUGGAAAAUAGCUCUCCCUCCGAAUCAUCCCGACUUGGCUACUUCCUACAACAACAACGGUUCGGUGUAUUACAACAUGGGCGAGUACUCGCAAGCACUUUCAUCGUACGAACGAUCACUUGAAAUCCGAAAAAUAGCUCUCCCUCCGAAUCAUCCCGACCUGGCUUCUUCUUAUGUGAAUCUCGGUUUACUUUAUGAACAAAUGCGCGAGUACUCAAAAGCACUUUCAUCUUUCAAAAAAGCACAUGACAUCUUCGAAAAAUCACUUUCUCCAAAUCAUCCGAAUAUCACGCGCGUGAUAAGUUACAUUGAAAAUGUGAAAAAGAAAAUGUAA